UUUUUCUUUUUGCCUAUCCCAGAGUCUCUUUAACCCCUUCCUGCAGGUGCCUCCCGGACCCUUUAAGAGUUUCAGACACCGGGAGGUGGCGCGGGGUUUAGGGAUCAUGUGACCGCCGUGACGCGUCUUCACGGUGGUCACAUGAUUGGGAAAGGUCCCGAUCGAAAGAGCAGACCGGGACCUUUCCGUGAGUACCGGACAUGUGUGCUGGGAGCGCAAAGGGCGUGCGCUCUCAGCACAUACGUUUUUUCUUACAUUAACGCAAAUGUGCGGCCGCUCAGCGUCUAGGCCCAGACGCCAGGAGGCCGCACAUUUGUGUGCGGCCGGCGUAA